AUGCCGGGACCUCACCUCCUCGUGCCACCAAACUCGUCUCAUAACACAAUGGUCAACUUUUUCAGAGCGGCCGUCGCCGGCGUCCUGGCCUUUGCCGGCGCUGCGCAGGCUGCUGCCGUGGGCAAUCAGUUCGCCUCUGGCUACCCGGGCUCGAUUGAGGUCAAGUCGACGAGUCCGCUGACGAUCCGGUACUCGACGUCGCAGCCCAACGACAAGAACUGGAUCGGCAUCUAUCCGGCCGUCGACGGCGGCGGCCCGGACAACCAGCAGGAGGGCACCAAGGCUUCGGUGAAAUGGGCGUACGCGUCCGGCCUCGACGGCACCGUCACCAUCCCCACCGACGGCCUGCCCGGCGGCGACUACAAGGCCUACUUUCUCGCCCGCGACGCCUACAUCUGGCAGGGCGCGCCCGUGCAGUUCUCCCUCGACAAGACCUACCCGGGCACCGUGAAGGCCACCAGCGGGUACCCGAUCCGCGUCGAGUACAGCACGAGCAAGCCCAAUGAGAACAACUGGGUCGGCAUUUACUUUGCGGCUGGCGGCGGGCCGGACACGGGCGCGAACAACGGCAGCGCCUCGGUCCGCUGGGCGUACGCCGGCGAGGCCCAGGGCUCCGUCGAGAUCCCCACCGACGGCUUCGGCGACGGCGUGUACAAGGCGUACCUGCUCGCCAACGACGGGUACGAGUCGCUGGCCUCGCCGCAGAUCUUUGCCCAGGGCAACGCCGUCUUCAAGGGCGCCAUCGCCGUCGACUACGCCGCGGGCAGCUUCACCUUUCAGUACACGACGCAGCGUGCGGCUACCAAGAACUGGAUCGGCAUCUGGCCCUACGGGCAAGGACCCGACAGCCAGUCUGGCGUCGGCGCCUCGCUGGUCUGGGAGUAUGCCACGGACGCGCUCGGCGUCAAGAAGGUGGACGCGAGCAAGCUGGCCUCGGGCCAAUACCAGGCCUUCUUUCUCGCCAACGACGGGUACAGCUGGCUUGCCAGCCCCAUUACCAUUCACAAGUAG